AUGGGGGAGUUGCCCAGAGCCUAGGGAAGAGAAGUCUGUGGAGGAGGUGGCUGGAGCCGCAGCGGCGGCGGCAGGAGCAGGGGUGGCGGCGCUCUCAGCCGAGGUGGCCGAGGCUCCAGCCCGGCCCAGGGCGACGCAGCAGACAAUAACCGGGCUGGGAGCCUGAUCGGGCCGGACCCCACUGUGAUGCUUCCUUACUGAUGAUGUUAUAACAGUGCCUGGAAGCCCAAGGUUGCAUUUCCAGUUGAACAUACCUGAGUUGUCCCCAUCACUAUGGAGACCCGAAGGGAUGAAGUUGCUCAGGCCAAGGGAGCUGUAGCCUCUGGAGAUACCCAUGACCAAGGGGUAGAAAAAGAAGCCAAGAACAAGGCAGCUGAGGUGAUAGAAGGACCAACAUCAGAGCCAUCCUCAUCUGGCCCAGGUAGGCUGAAGAAAACUGCCAUGAAGCUCUUUGGUGGCAAAAGGGGUAUCUGUACUCUGCCUAGUUUCUUUGGAGGGGGACGAAGCAAAGGUUCUUGGAAAGGCAGUUCCAAGAAAGGUCUCAGCAAGAGCAAGACCCAUGAUGGCCUGAGUGAAGCAGUCUGUGGCCCUGAAGAUGUUGUCAGUGAAGGAACUGGCUUCUCCUUACCUUUACCUGAGUCACCUUGCCAAUUUCCCAGCUCCCACAGUGCCCAUGGGGCUUUGGAGACAGGCUCUAGAUGUAAGACAUCUGUGUGUGGAGCCACAGAGAAAGCUGGGACUGAGAAGGUUUCCUCCAUGCCCAAGCCAAAGAAAGGCCUAAAAGGCUUUUUUAGCAGUAUCCGCCGAAAUCGGAAGAGCAAAGUCACUGGGCCUGAACAAAGUGAGUCAGGGGUCAAGGGGCUUGAGGAGAUCAGAGCCAGGCCUCAUGAGCAUGUGAAUUCAGCCCCUCAGAUGCUCUACUCUGAGGAGACCUUCCAAGCCCCUAGAAAGGAAAAUGCUAAACCCCAAGAUGUCCCUGGGCCAAAAAUUUCUCCAUCACCAGAGCCUUCUCCACCAGCUUCUGAGAAGGUGGCUUGUAAAGAUUCCGAUACACCCACAGAGGCCUAUGCUUCAGUACUUGCACAACCCAAGCCUGCCCCUGAUGCGAAUGGCCCAGAGGAGCCCCAUAGCCCUGAAACAGGGGAGAAAGUGGUGACAGGAGAGGUAAAUCCACCCAGUGGCCCUGGGGGGGACCAGCUGAGCCUCCUAUUUGGGGAUGUUACAUCCCUGAAAAGCUUUGACUCACUAACAGGUUGUGGCGACAUUAUAGCAGAACAAGACAUGGACAGUAUGACAGAUAGCAUGGCCUCUGGGGGCCAGAGGGCCAACCGAGAUGGGACCAAGCGAAGUUCCUGCCUGGUGACCUACCAAGGAGGUGGGGAGGAGAUGGCCUUGCCAGAUGAUGAGGAGGAAGAAGAGGAAGAAGAAGAGGUAGAAUUAGAGGAGGAAGAAGAGGAGGUUAAGGAGGAGGAGGAAGAAGAUGAUGACUUAGAAUAUCUGUGGGCAAGUGCCCAGAUGUACCCAAGGCCUAAUCUCAACCUGGGCUACCAUCCCAUCACAUCCCCAGGACACCACAGCUAUAUGCUGCUUGACCCAGUUCAAUCUUAUCCUGGCUUAGCCUCUGGAGAACUUUUGACUCCUCAGAGUGACCAGCAAGAAUCUGCCCCCAAUAGUGAUGAAGGUUAUUAUGACUCCACUACACCUGGAUUUGAGGAUGACUCAGGUGAUGCCCUGGGGCUUGUACGCAGGGAUUGCCUACCCCGAGACAGCUACAGUGGAGAUGCACUAUAUGAGUUCUAUGAACCAGAUGACAGUCUAGAGAACUCCCCACCUGGGGAUGACUGCCUUUAUGACCUCCAUGGUCAUAGCUCUGAAAUGUUUGACCCCUUCCUGAAUUUUGAGCCCUUUUCUUCUUCCCGUCCACCUGGGGCAAUGGAGACAGAGGAGGAACGGCUAGUGACCAUCCAGAAACAGUUGUUGUAUUGGGAACUUCGGCGAGAGCAGCUUGAGGUCCAGAAGGCACGUGCCCGAGAGGCCCAUGCCAGGGAGGCUUAUGUCAGAGAGGCCCACACUCGGGAAGCUCAUGCCAGGGAGACCCGAACCCGGGAAACCCAGCCCCAAGAUGCUCGUUCUAAAGAAAUUCACCUUCAAGAGGCCCAGACCUGGCAGGAGAAGCCUGUCUUGGAGUAUCAGAUGAGGCCCUUAGGCCCAUCAGUUAUGGGUCUAGUGGCAGGAGCAUCAGGAGCUUCUCAGACUUCCCAUCGGAAAACUGCAUCAGCUUUCCCUGCCACCGCAAGCAGUGAGCCAGACUGGAGGGACUUCCGUCCUCUGGAGAAACGUUUUGAGGGAACCUGCUCUAAGAAAGACCAAAGUACCUGCCUGAUGCAUCUCUUCCAGAGUGAUGCCAUGUUUGAACCAGAUAUGCAAGAAGCGAAUUUUGGAGGAUCUCCCAGGAGAGCCUACCCUACUUACUCACCCCCUGAAGAACCAGAGGAAGAGGAGGUUGAAAAGGAAGGGAAUGCCACUGUGAGUUUCUCACAGGCCCUGGUGGAGUUCACCAGCAAUGGAAACCUCUUUUCCAGCAUGUCCUGCAGCUCUGACUCUGACUCGUCCUUCACUCAAAACCUCCCUGAGCUGCCACCCAUGGUGACCUUUGACAUUGCUGAUGUGGAACGGGAUGGGGAAGGCAAGUGUGAAGAGAAUCCUGAGUUCCACAAUGAUGAAGACCUUGCAGCCUCCUUGGAAGCCUUUGAGCUGGGCUACUACCACAAACAUGCCUUCAACAACUACCGCAGCCGAUUCUACCAAGGCCUGCCCUGGGGUGUGAGCAGCCUCCCUCGAUACCUGGGAUUGCCGGGCAUGCAUUCUCGACCUCCACCUGCCACUAUGGCCCUAAAUAGGAGGAGCCGCUCCCUUGAUACUGCAGAGACUCUGGAGCUGGAGCUCUCCAAUUCUCACUUGGCCCAGGGCUACCUGGAGUCUGAUGAGCUUCAGGCCCAGCAAGAAGAUUCAGAUGAAGAUAAUGAAGAGGAGGAAGAAGGGGAAUGGAGCCGAGACAGUCCCCUGUCCCUCUAUACUGAACCCCCGGGGGCCUAUGAUUGGUCUUCCUGGGCUUCCUGUCCUCUUCCAGUGGGGCCAGGCCCUGCCUGGAUAAGUCUCAGCCAGCUGGAUGAGGCUUCUAGCCAGUCUCUGUAUGGACAGGCAGCCUGUUGCAUACCUCCUGUGGCCAUGUCAGUGUCGCUUUCAGUGCCUGGGCCAGAGCCAAAGGCACCAGGGGAAUCUGGGCCUCAGCUAGCUCGGCCUUCACACCUUCCCCUACCCAUGGGGCCUUGCUAUAGCCUUCAGUCACAGGCCUCCCAGAGUGUGAGGGCUCCACCUCGAGAUGUGCUGCUGCCUGUCAGUAAGCGCGGUUGCUCCUCCAGUUCUGUAGGAUUCGACCCCAGCCCUCUGCUCCAGGCCAAGCCUGUGGGCAUCACCCAUGGUAUUCCUCAACUGCCCAGGGUCCGACCUGAGCCCCCACAGCCUCAGCCCACUCACUGUGGGCCUUCCACUCUUGACCUAUCAAAGGAGAGGGCCGAGCAGGGUGCCACUCUCCCUACCAACUACUCCUCCACUGCAGUAAAUGGAAACCUAGUCAAAUAG